GGAGGCGUCCAAGCCUUGGUGGUCAGCGCAGACUUAAAGUGAACGGGCGCGCACUUCCAACGGCCAUUCAGUCGGAAGAGGGGACACAGUGAAGGUGUGCUGCUGUGCCGUUUAGUCAUCCCUCCCUCUGACCGGUUAAUAGAUAGAUAGAAACCCCCGUCGCUGUUGUUUUACUCCCCCCCCGUUAAACGGUUAGAUCGAUCAUGUACCGGUACUUCGGGGAGCUGUUAUCCCGCGGGGCGGGCAGUGCCCUGGCCUCGGGCUGCGUGGAAUCUGCUCUCCCGGCAUCGGCCGCUCUGAUGCGGGUCCGACAGUAUAGUGAACAGCCCGACGACCCCAACUUCUUUCGCAUGGUGGAGGGUUUCUUCGACCGCGGAGCCGCCAUCGUUCAGGACAAGCUUGUUGAGGACCUGAAGAGCAGGGAGACCCCCGAGCAGAAGAUGAAACGAGUGAAGGGGAUUCUCCGCAUCAUCAAGCCCUGCAACCACGUCCUCAGCGUCUCUUUCCCCAUCAAGAGGGACAACGGAGAGUGGGAGGUGGUGGAGGGCUACCGCGCCCAGCACAGCCAGCACAGGACGCCCUGCAAGGGGGGGAUCCGUUACAGUGAAGAGGUGUCUGUUGAUGAGGUGAAGGCUCUGGCCUCUCUGAUGACAUACAAGUGUGCCGUGGUCGAUGUACCAUUCGGGGGGGCUAAAGCUGGUGUCAAGAUCAACGUCAAAAAUUACUCUGACAAUGAGUUGGAGAAGAUCACUAGAAGGUUCACCAUUGAGCUGGCCAAGAAAGGUUUUAUUGGGCCUGGUAUUGAUGUUCCUGCUCCUGACAUGAGCACUGGAGAGAGAGAGAUGUCCUGGAUCGCUGACACAUAUGCCAACACCAUCGCACACACCGACAUCAACGCCCACGCGUGUGUGACAGGCAAGCCCAUCAGUCAGGGCGGGAUCCACGGGCGUAUCUCGGCCACCGGUCGCGGAGUGUUCCAUGGCAUUGAGAACUUCAUCAACGAGGCGUCCUACAUGAGCAUGCUGGGCCUGACCCCCGGCUUCCAGGACAAGACCUUCAUCAUCCAGGGCUUUGGUAAUGUGGGUCUCCACUCCAUGCGGUACCUCCACAGGUACGGUGCUAAGUGUGUGGGCAUCGCUGAGUAUGACGGCAGCAUCUACAACCCAGAGGGCAUUGACCCCAAGCAGCUGGAGGACUACAAACUGCAACACGGUUCGAUCGUAGGUUUCCCCGGGGCUAAGCCAUACGAGGGCAGCCUUCUGGAAGCUCAGUGUCACAUCCUGAUCCCUGCCGCCAGCGAGAAGCAGCUCACACGAAACAACGCCCACAGGAUCAAGGCCAAGAUCAUUGCUGAGGGAGCCAACGGCCCCACCACCCCUGAUGCUGACAAGAUCUUCCUGGAGAACAAUGUCAUGGUCAUCCCUGACAUGUACCUGAACGCCGGUGGUGUGACAGUGUCCUACUUUGAGUGGCUGAAGAACCUGAACCACGUCAGCUAUGGAAGACUCACCUUCAAAUACGAGAGAGACUCCAACUACCACCUCCUCAUGUCUGUUCAGGAGAGUUUGGAGAGGAAGUUUGGAAAGCAGGGAGGACCAAUCCCUGUUGUCCCCACCGCUGACUUCCAGGCCAGAGUCGCUGGAGCUUCUGAGAAGGACAUUGUCCACUCUGGGCUGGCCUACACCAUGGAGAGGUCUGCCAGGCAAAUCAUGCGUACAGCCAGUAAGUACAACCUGGGUCUGGACCUGCGGACGGCUGCGUACGUCAACGCCAUCGAGAAGGUGUUCAAGGUCUACAACGAGGCCGGCAUCACCGUCACAUGAUCACCUUGUCACAGCCAGACCACUCCCACACCACCCUGCUAUUGGUUCACCCUGCUUCCCCAUUUUUCCAAUCAGCCUUCAGUACAUACCAGUGUUUACAUUAGAGACCCCCGCCUCCCGUUUAUACACACACACUGACACGUACUGUGUUCUGUGUCCCAUGACCUCGCCACAUCUCCCUGUAUCACGUGGGUAACUCAGUAUUCCUGUGUCCCAUGACCUCACCACAUCUCCCUGUAUCACGUGGGUAACCCAGUAUUCCUGUGUCCCAUGACCUCGCCACAUCUCCCUGUAUCACGUGGGUAACCCAGUAUUCCUGUGUCGUCCUGUUUCACUAUUGUCGUUCAGUUUGUGAAAGAAGCAGAUUGUAGCAGGAAGAUAGCUUUAAGACCCCCCCCCCUCCUAUAAGAGUUCCCUUUUGGCCAUUUUGUCUUGUUUGACCCUUGUGUUGCCAUGGUUUCAGACCACAACAAUGAAGUUGCCUUAGCUCUGACGGAGCUCUGUACUGAAAAGACACACAUACUGAAAUCCAUUUAAUGUUAACUCCGGACAUAUACUUUAUUUAAAGAAAGAGAUAGUUUUAAACUCUCACUUUAUGUCAGGGAAUGGUGAUAUAUGUGUUCCUCGGUUCUCCUCGCAGCGGGGUUAGAGGUCAGGGUUAGAGGUCAGGGCUCAGGGUUGUGCUGAGGAACACAGGGUUCUACUCCACUAUAUCAGUCCCCCCACAAUCCCCCCUACCUUCUGCUCCUAUCUUGUCCAAUCUGACCCUCCCCCAAACCCUCCGCUCCGCCAUGAGAGAGAGAGGAGGAGAGGAUCAUGGGAACAAGCGUUCUCCUUCUCCAGAAAGCCGUCCAAGCCCUUGCACGGAAAUUGCUUGGGGAAAUUUGUAUUGCCUUUUUUUUUGUUGAAAACCAAUAAAAUUCUGAGAACUGA